AAAAUAAUAAUAAUAAAAUAAGAGAUGGAAAUCCUACACACAUAACACUGGAAUAGAAAAGUCCAUUCAACUCGUGGGCCCAGUGAAAACGCACUGCUUUUGAAACGCCCCUCUUCGUCCACUCAGUCACACUUAUCAUAGACUCCCAAAUCCCUUCUCUCUCUCUAUCUGGCUCUCGUCUAAUCCCUAACACAAUCGCACUUGCGUGGGUUGCGUUCUCUCUUUUUUUCCAUGGCAGCUUCGUUGGCUUGCGUGACUGACACGGCUCGAGCCCUGAGCUGCCGGGACAGCAAGGCGGCAACCCAUCUGAAGCUAAUCUCUGUCAUCGUAAUCUUCUUUACUAGCGUUAUAGGCAUCUCUUCUCCGGUAUUCUUAGCUCGUUAUUUUCAUGGUAAGCCCCUUUACGAUAAGGCGAUUCUAGUGAUCAAAUGCUUUGCUGCCGGUGUAAUUUUGUCCACCUCUUUAGUACACGUCCUCCCUGAUGCUUACGAUGCCCUCUCUAAUUGCCACGUAGCCUCCAAGCAUCCCUGGAAGGACUUUCCUUUCGCUGGAUUGGUUACCUUGAUCGGUGCUUUACUUGCUUUGUUAGUGGACAUAACGGCGAGUGCGCACGUGGAACACAGUCAUGGUCAUGGCCAUGGCGGUGAAGAGAAGCAGAUUGGGGAUUAUACUCCGGUUGGGACACAGGAGGAAAUUGUGGGAAAGAAGGUGGGAGAAUUGUCCAAAGCUGAGUUGGCUGAGAAAGGAGGAGAGGAAUAUUUGGUGAAGCUAAAGCAGAGAUUGGUUUCACAGGUUUUGGAGAUUGGGAUUAUAUUUCACUCAGUGAUAAUUGGGGUAACAAUGGGUAUGUCGCAGAAUCAGUGCACCAUCAGGCCUCUUGUUGCUGCUCUUGCGUUUCACCAGAUCUUCGAAGGGAUGGGCCUCGGUGGCUGCAUCGCUCAGGCAGGAUUUAGCUUUGGAACAGUGGCCUACAUGUGCUUCAUGUUUUCAGUAACUACACCAGUAGGUAUAGUGUUAGGGAUGAUUGUUUUUUCAUUGACAGGGUAUGAUGACAGUAAUCCUAAUGCCUUGAUUAUGGAAGGAUUAUUGGGGUCCCUCUCUUCAGGCAUUCUUAUAUACAUGGGUCUUGUUGAUCUCAUAGCUGUUGAUUUUUUCCAUAACAAGUUGAUGAAUUCUACUCCAUGGUUGAAGAAGACAUCUUUCAUUGCUCUAACUCUUGGCUCCACUGCAAUGUCCAUCCUUGCCCUUUGGGCUUGAAGUUUAGUUUAGUUUCUUAGGGACGCAUGUAUUUCAAAAUCUUUAGAAUCAUGCAUGUCCAUACAAACGUGUAAAAGAUCAAAAUACACUGUUCCAUAUCAUCAAGGGAUUAGCAUCGAACUGUUGGACAAUCACAGGGCAUUAUAUCAUUAGUGAGAAUGUAUGCAAGUAAAUAUCAUGUAGAACAGUGUACAACUUGUGUAAGAGCCCUUUUGCAACUAAUAAAAUAUUAGACAAAUGUUCAUCUUCGCUAGAA